CACCAGGAAUGCUAUGAGUCAAAGAGAAGACUCCGGGGAAGUUCGCGGUCCUCUUAUUCCAGAGGCUAUUAUAGAUGCGCCUAGUCAGCGGCUGUACGCAAUUGCUGCUCUGGUUGCAUUACAAGCGUACAAGCUCUAUGACUUCGUACUAUUUAACGCGUCAGGCGCGUCAGAUGUUAAAAAUACAACCUUCCUUUUAAAAUGGAUUCUUUUGGACGCUUCGUAUUGCUAUAUUUUACCUUUAUUCCGCAUUCCUUGGCUUUCGUUUCAACCGUCAACAACUUUAUUGCAGAUCGCCUUGUUUGCGAUUGUUGACGUCCUUCUCUGUUCAAUUACAGGAUUCAAUUUUUCUUCUAUUGCUUUGUUUCUGUAUUCCUUCAUAAACUCAAAAGAACUGACUUUGACAGACCAAAGAGUCAAUCCUCAAGACAUUAUAAAUAACUCUUCCCGUAUUCUUGGCCAGUACACGGUUCAUAUUUUGCCUGAAAGUUCAGCCAAAAUCAAUCCUUAUAAUGAACAUUAUUGUCUUCCAAGUGUCGACGAAUUUGGUGAGAAGAAAAAAAAUACCGCACCUAUCACAAUCCCUAUUCGGUUUAAUUCUACGACACCUUAUUUAAUUGAGUAUGCAUUUGUGGAUUUGGAAACGCUUGAGGAGAACCGCUAUAACAUUAGUGGCCGCGCCUUACGCCGUAUAUUAGACACUGCUGUUCGAGACAACAAAGAUGGCCGGUUGUACACUGUUCAAUUCAAGGCCCCAAAACGUGGCUUGUACCGUUUAACGCGAGUAAUUGAUAAAUCAAAGUUGGCGGUCCGGAUUUACCGUUCUGAAGCCGUGAUUGUAACCUGUCCCCAGGCACGUUUACGACUCCCACAAGACAGUCAGACGAAAAAUCAAAAGCAAAACCAAGUUCCGCGUUGUGUCGAUGAUGCAAAUCAUUUGCUGCUUGAUGUUCAAGGCGUUGCGCCCUUAAAAAUCCGUUACUCACGUUGGAUUGGUAAUGAUGAAACAGUCAGCUCCAUUGAGUCUGCUAAGCCAACUGGUUUUGAUGCACCCGCAGAAUUUCUUUCUGCGCCAGAGGAAAUUUACUUCGGAAACAACGUUGACCUAAAAUUUGCACAGUCAUCGAAUGUCGCGAUAUUUUUGAACACGACCUUGGCACUCCCUGGAGAAUGGACGUACGGUAUUCACAGCGUUACAGAUGCCUUGGGUAAUACAGUCUCAUUUCCUGUUGAGGUUGCUUUGCAAGACAAGAAGCAUGUCCCGAACUAUCCCUUCAUCUCCUCUGUCUAUGUUUAUGAAAGACCAACAUUGCGGUUUGAAGGAUGCUCUAUGGAACACCCUGUAAAGCUACUUCCCGGGGGUGAAGCUAAACUCCGUGUAUCGACAAAUGUUCAUCUGGAAAAAGACAAACAGAUUCGUUUUCAAUUGCUUAGAUAUCCAUUGGGAACAGAUUUAGAGUCUGCUGACAAGACACCCACGUUUUCUUCGUAUGUUUCCCUCUAUGAUUUGCAUAACGGUAUCGCUGUGCACGAAGACGGUAUCUAUGUAAUUGACAAUGUCUCUACAGAGUUUUGCUCUGGCACGAUAUUGGCUCCUAGUCAAUGUUUGGUGACCGUGCCACCAAAAGCCGAAGUUUCCGUGCACUUUGAGGAGAUUGCGGACCAAUGCGCCGGUUCAAUCGGUGCUCGUGCAGAGUUAGAAUUUGAAGGUGUACCACCUUUUGGUAUUUCUUAUCGUAUGUCUCGGAACAAGGAACAAUCACCUAUCCAGUAUGCACACAUCGAUCGAACUCGUUACCAGCUAUAUUUUACUCCCAAGGAAGCAGGCAAGUAUCGCUAUGUGAUUUUGGGCCUGGAAGAUACAAACUACGGCUAUCGUGAAUUGAAGGGUCCCGAGUUUACCAAGGAACAGACCGUUUUCCCUCUAGCUGAUGCCUCUUUUGACAAAAACUCGCCUGAUGAUUUAACGAAGAACUGCUGUAUCGGUGACAGCCUGGAUAUUCCAGUAACUUUGAGCGGCUCUGCUCCAUGGAAACUUGAGUACGAAAUACUUCGCGAUAACAAGAGAGAAAAAGUGCAUAUAUUGGAGUCUAAUAAUCCCAAAUGUGUGAUACAUACACCCUCCUUAAAGUAUGGUUCACAGUACACUGUUGCACUUGUCAGUGUUGAGGAUGCUAAUGGUUGCAAACGUUCUCUGAGAGAAUCAGACGUAAUCAUUAAUGUUCGAAGACAACGGCCGACUGCUUCGUUUUAUCCACAGAACAAAAAGUUCAGCGUUGAGGAUGUUGAAGGAACUGAGCUUCAAAUUCCACUCAGAUUGGUUGGUGAAGCACCAUGGCAGUUGGAAUAUGAACGCGUUGGUACGGAUGGUUCUGUUUCUAAACACAUGACGACGCUGUACGACGCAAACAGCAACCUUAAGGUUAAUGUUGCUGGUACGUAUAAACUGAUUUCCGUACGUGAUAGUUCGUGCCCAGGAUCCAUUCCUUCUCCGGAUCAAACGUUUGUCGUCUCUUGGUUGCCCAAACCCCUUCUUUCUCUUUCCAAUGCUCCGAAAAUUAACUCGACUACGGAGCUCGUUUAUGAGCAUCCCCACAUCUGCGAAAAUGCGAACAGUGCUUUUGACGUUUCUUUGGUUGGCACGCCCCCAUUCCUGUUGCAGUACGAGAAGUACCUUGUUGACGAGAAUGGAAAGAUUCACCAGCGAGAACAUCGUGAGCUUUCAACCAUGCAAAACUUUGUUACUCUUAAGACUGACUCUGCGGCUGCAGGUACGUACUACUACGAGUUUGUAUCUAUUUCUGAUUUGUUGUAUACGGAUGUGGGUGCAUUCGCAAAAGAUAAUGACGGUAAAUUAAAGACUGUAAUUGUUAAUCAAUUUGUCAACAAGGCACCAAAGGCUGCCUUUACGGAGCCAGGAAAGGUGUACACGUUUUGUCUCAACACAAAUGUGUCGCACCCUGACGCGCAAAAAAUUCCCAUUCGGCUUGAUGGCCAGGGACCCUUCGACAUAAGCUUUGAAAUCAAGAACGAGCUUAGUGGCUCGGUGAUGAAAACAGAAGUUCACAAAGUGGAAGGUCCUGUUCUCAACUUUACGUUUCCCCAAAAGCAACUUACACUUGGACGUCACAAGGUUCGCAUACUGAAGGUUGUGGAUGCGAACAAGUGUGCUUAUCACGUUCCUCAUAAUGCACCUACUGUUACUGUCGGUGUUGCCGAACUUGCUUCCCUUACACCGUUAGACAGUCGCGAAUACUACUGUGUUGGCGACCGGCUAGCAUUUUCACUGCAAGGUAUUCCACCCUUUAACGUGGAGUAUAGCUUCCUUGACAAAAAACUCCAGGCAAGUACGCAAGGGCAUAGCUUCUCGCGCAUUGCCGAGACGCCUGGUAAUUUCACCUUGCUCUCGAUCGCAGACAAGGGUAGCCCGUGUCGUGCCGUCUUUAAAAAGCCAAUCCAUUACGAGAUACACGAUAUUCCCACAGUUCGUAUCAGUGACGGUCGCGAAGUUGUGGAAAAUAUUCACGAAGGUGAUCGCGCCGAAAUUUCAUUCCAAUUCACCGGCACACCUCCCUUUACGUUUACAUACUCACGACACGCUCUGACGCGGAAAGGAACAGGCAAAGUCCUAGAAACACACACCGUUACCGGUAUUGAGGAAUACGAGUACAAAAUCCUCAGCUCUAUCGAGGGUGUCUACGUUGUGAAUAGUGUUCAGGAUCGUUACUGUCGGUUCCCGAGGAGCUCGACAUUUAAAGGAAAAUAAUGAGUAAUUAAAUGGCUGUCUUUUUAUGAACUAAAUACAAACUGUUUCUACAAUCG